AGCCGUCUUCAGCGUGACACAAAGAUCAUUAAACUGGAGCGCUAAUCUAGCGAGAAGCCUGGAUCUUGUUGUAAUGGAAGGAGCAGAAGGAACAGGUGUCGACCUCAGCAGGAAGUUUGUGUCUGAAGCAGAGCUUGAUGAGAAGAGGAAAAAGAGACAGGAGGAAUGGGAGAAAAUCAGAAAACCUGACGACCCAGAGGAGGUCCCAGAGGAGGAGUAUGACCCACGCUCCCUCUUUGAGCGGCUGCAGGAACAGAAAGACAAGAAACAAGAAGAAUAUGAGGAGCAGUUUAAAUUCAAGAACAUGGUGAGGGGAUUGGAUGAGGAUGAGAGCAGUUUCUUGGACGAGGUCUCCCGGCAACAGUGUCUGGUGGAGAAACAACGCAGGGACGAGGAGAAAAAGGAGCUGUUGGAAUACAGAAGCGCUCUAGUGAAGCAAGCAUCUGCAGAGAGCCGCAAAGAGCCUGAAAAGAAGGUGGCACCUAAAGGGGUGGAGCACAGGACCAGCCACCUGUCACAGGCCCAUUUAUUAGUUGGAGCUGUAAAGAGACGCAAUUCCUCACAAUCAGACAGCAGUAAGAAACAGAAAGUGGAAAUCACGGCAACAACAGCAACGACAGGAAAUGGAGAAAAACACACAGAAGAGGGGGGCGGAGCAGGAGCCAAAGAUCAACAGACAGUCCCUGGCGUCACUGCAAAGCCGCCCUCAGCCGCCUUGAGCUCCGGCCAAGGCGUACUACACUUGCCGUCGGCGGCCGUGUGUGUCGGUGUUUUACCAGGACUCUGCGUUUAUUCCGGCAGCAGCGACUCUGACAGCAGCUCGGACAGCGAAGUUUAAGCCGAGCAACCAAUCCCGCACUGCCUACCCUGAUGACAUCCUGCCCCCCCUACACUCCCUUCCCAACCCAAGCCGCAACGGCUGCAAGCUGUGCUAUUGGCUGAGGGAACAGUGAUUGACAGCUGUGGAGCAAGGAAGAGACUGCUUUAGACUGUCACAUGACUCACACCUUUUAGCUAUCUGCAGCAGAGGAGUGAGAGCAGGACUGCGUUUGGGUUGAAUGCCGAGUCUGUUUGGAUUGAAAAAUUCUGUUUUUAUUUGUGUGAAGUAAUGUAUGUUUGUUUAAAAGUUGCGUUAUUCUGGGAAGAUACUGGACUGUUUAUUGCUGUCUCAGACUUUGGGGCGUCUGAGAAGAAAUAAAUAAAGAGAUUUCCCUGUGU